CGCACUUCCUGUGCGCCGGCAAUCCACAUCCGGGUUUGGGCUAGCGGAUCCCUCGCAGUCUCUGGGACCCUGGACGAGGACUGUGUGGUUCGCGGGUGCUGAGCGAGGUGUGACUGAAAAGUGGCGUUCAUAAAGACUGCAACCUUCCAGUACCUAAGAAGCCGUUCAGAUUUGGGAAGGGAACCUUCAGUCUCCUGAAACGAUAUUUCAAAAAAAAAAAAUGUUCUGAAAUUUCCCUGGAACUGCAAAUCGGCUAGAUACAACUUUCCUGGAGAGACAGAAAGACCGGGUUCCAACCCAGUUUCUGAGUGACUGGCCAUGUCUCUGUCCCACUUGUACCGGGAUGGGGAAGGCCACCUCGAUGACGACGAGGACGAGCGUGAGAACUUUGAGAUCACCGACUGGGAUCUCCAGAACGAGUUCAACCCCAACCGGCAGCGCCAUUGGCAGACCAAGGAGGAGGCCACCUACGGGGUGUGGGCCGAGCGUGACUCGGAUGAGGAGAGGCCAAGCUUUGGAGGCAAAAGGGCCCGAGACUAUUCUGCACCCGUCAACUUCAUCAGUGCGGGGCUCAAGAAAGGAGCAGCCGAGGAAGCGGACUCGGAGGACUCUGAUGCUGAAGAGAAGCCGGUUAAGCAGGAAGACUUUCCGAAGGAUUUAGGACCAAAGAAGUUAAAAACGGGUGGCAAUUUUAAGCCCAGCCAGAAAGGCUUCGCAGGAGGAACCAAGUCCUUCAUGGACUUUGGCAGCUGGGAGAGACACACCAAAGGGAUCGGGCAGAAGCUGCUGCAGAAGAUGGGCUACGUCCCUGGGCGGGGCCUGGGGAAGAACGCCCAGGGUAUCAUCAACCCCAUUGAAGCCAAACAGAGAAAAGGCAAGGGAGCUGUGGGGGCCUACGGCUCAGAGAGGACCACUCAGUCUCUGCAGGACUUCCCCGUGGUCGACUCAGAAGAGGAGGCAGAAGAGGAAUUUCAGAAGGAGCUGAGCCAGUGGAGGAAAGACCCCAGCGGGAGCAAGAAGAAGCCAAAGUACUCUUACAAGACUGUGGAGGAGCUGAAGGCCAAAGGCAGGGUCAGCAAGAAGCUCACAGCACCUCAGAAAGAGCUGUCUCAGGUCAAGGUGAUCGACAUGACAGGCCGGGAGCAGAAGGUGUACUACAGCUACAGCCAGAUCAGCCACAAGCACAGUGUGCCUGACGACGGCGUGCCGUUGCUGGCGCAGCUGCCUCCCACGGCCGGCAAGGAAGCCAAGGUGCCGGGCUUUGCGCUGCCCGAGCUGCAGCACAACCUGCAGCUGCUCAUCGAGCGCACGGAGCAGGAGAUCAUCCAGAGCGACCGGCAGCUGCAGUACGAGCGCGACAUGGUGGUCAGCCUGUCGCACGAGCUCGAGAAGACGGCUGAGGUCCUCGCACACGAGGAGCGAGUCAUCUCCAACCUCAGCAAGGUGCUGGCCCUGGUAGAGGAGUGUGAGCGUCGCAUGCAGCCCCAUGGCGCUGACCCCCUCACGCUGGAUGAGUGUGCACACAUCUUUGAGACACUGCAGGACAAAUACUACGAGGAGUACCGCCUGGCGGACCGCGCAGACCUCGCUGUGGCCAUCGUCUACCCGCUCGUGAAAGACUACUUCAAGAAUUGGCACCCCCUUGAGGACAGCAGCUAUGGCACCCAGAUCAUCUCCAAGUGGAAGAGCCUCCUGGAGAACGACCAGCUGCUGUCUCACAACAGCCAGGACCUGUCCUCAGAUGCCUUCCACAGGCUCAUGUGGGAGGUCUGGAUGCCUUUUGUUCGGAAUGUUGUCGCCCAGUGGCAACCGAGGAAUUGUGAGCCAAUGGUGGACUUCCUGGACAGCUGGGUACACAUCAUCCCUGUGUGGAUCCUGGACAAUAUCCUGGACCAGCUCAUCUUCCCUAAGCUGCAGAAGGAGGUGGAGAACUGGAACCCCCUGACGGACACCGUCCCGAUCCACUCCUGGGUCCACCCGUGGCUGCCGCUCAUGCAGGCCCGCCUGGAGCCGCUCUACUCCCCUGUGCGCAGCAAGCUGUCCAGCGCGCUGCAGAAAUGGCACCCUAGUGACGCCUCAGCCAAGCUCAUCCUGCAGCCCUGGAAGGAGGUGCUCACGCCGGGGUCCUGGGAGGCCUUCAUGCUCAGGAACAUCGUGCCCAAGCUGGGCAUGUGCCUGGGGGAGCUCGUCAUCAACCCCCACCAGCAGCACAUGGACGCCUUCUACUGGGUGAUGGACUGGGAGGGGAUGAUCUCCCUCUCCAGCCUGGUGGGCUUGCUGGAGAAGCAUUUCUUCCCCAAGUGGCUUCAGGUGCUGUGCUCCUGGCUCAGUAACAGCCCCAACUACGAGGAGGUCACUGAGUGGUACCUGGGCUGGAAGUCCCUGUUCUCAGACCAGGUGCUGGCACACCCCUCUGUCAAAGACAAGUUCAAUGAGGCGCUCGACAUCAUGAACAGGGCCGUGUCCUCCAACGUGGGUGCCUACAUGCAGCCAGGUGCCAGGGAGAACAUUGCCUACCUCACCCACACGGAGCGCAGGAAGGACUUCCAGUACGAGGCCAUGCAGGAGCGCCGGGAGGCUGAGAACAUGGCACAGAGGGGCAUCGGUGUGGCUGCCAGCUCUGUGCCCAUGAACUUUAAGGACCUCAUUGAGACCAAGGCCGAGGAGCACAACAUCGUGUUCAUGCCUGUCAUCGGCAAGCGGCACGAGGGCAAGCAGCUCUACACCUUCGGCCGCAUUGUCAUCUACAUUGACCGGGGUGUGGUGUUUGUGCAGGGUGAGAAGACGUGGGUGCCCACCUCCCUGCAGAGCCUCAUUGACAUGGCCAAGUAGACAUCGGCCACACAUGCAGGUGUGAAUAAACAGCACUGUGAACCAAGCUGGGAAAUAAUGUCUCUAUUUGGGAGACCAGGCCACCAGGGCAGGAUGUGACUCGGUGUCCCCAGUCAGGCUGAAUUCCUGGCCUGGCAAAGGAUCUGGUGUGGUGUGCACCGUGGGUACAGAGAACUGUCCUGCUAUUCCAGCUAAGCGGUCUGUGGGUCUCCUGAUGAUCUCCAGGUCCUCGCAGUUCUGGUAGUCAGGCUCUUCCCGGGAUGCCCACAGGUCCCCAGGCAAUCCCUCCAGCUUCAGUAGCGGGAACCAGUGGACAGAUGUGUCGUUAAAGGUGUCGGUGUACCGAGGAGUCUGAGGCAGUGGGACCUCCUCCAGGCCUUUCAGAAUCUGAGUGGAGAGGUCCAGACACAGGCAUUAGGUAUGCCCCACUCUUCGUGCACCUGGCCACCCCGCUGUCCUUUUGAGAAAUAAGAAAUGGGGAUUUGUAUUUCAACGCUGUUAAGUCCCACAAGCAGUGGGAACGUGGGCUCACCCGCUGGCACAGAGUAGGAGCGGUACCAGCUGUGCUCAGAAGCAUGGACGGACAGCGUGGCUUUGCACCCCCACCCAACCCGACUAUUCUGUCAGACACCUUUGCAAUGUAGGGAUAAUUUUCCUGCAGAAUCCUCGCCAACAACCUGCAAAUAAAAACACAUACACAAUUUGGAA